UCUCUUCAAUUUCUUCGCAGGUCUCUCUCUCAGCCAAAAACGAGUCGAACAAUUCGCCUCUUUGUGCUUAAAAUUAAAACCCUAGCUUCUCCCCAAACCACAGCUCCUGGGACCAAAAGUUGAUUGUUUCAAUCCAUCGGUAAUGGCGAGUCAUACGCCGAAUUUGGAGUGCCGGAUGUACGAGGCGAAGUAUCCGGAGGUGGGUAUGGUGGUUAUGAUCCAGGUGAAGACCAUCGCCGACAUGGGAGCCUACGUUUAUCUCCUCGAGUACAACAAUAUCGAAGGUAUGAUUCUAUUCUCGGAGCUCUCUCGCCGUCGUAUCCGUAGUGUGAGCAGUCUGAUCAAGGUUGGAGGAACUGAGCCUGUCAUGGUGCUGCGUGUGGACAAAGAGAAAGGGUACAUUGAUCUGAGCAAGCGUAGGGUUAGUGAGGAGGAUAUUCAGGCCUGUGAGGAGAGGAACAACAAGAGCAAGUAGGAAACACCUGUUUGACUUUAUAUUUUUAGAUGGAAUAUAUGUGGAAUUCAUUCUUUCUUGGAAAUGUGUUCCAUUCCAAUCGUGAUGGGAACUGACACUUAUAGGCGAAUUAUGUUGUAGGAAUCUUCAUUUUUUUUAGCUCUCUGUUUGUUUGGCUUCGUGCUAUGAACAGUUAAAUUACUUGUCGGAGCUUAUUCUGGAUUCGUAUGGUUAGUUGGUAUUCUCCUUGCUCUGUUGUUGUUUACAGUUUCUUG